GGCGUAACAAACAGUCGCGUAAAACGCUAUCAAGAAAAACGCCGUCCACUCUCAGGUUUUUCCUUCGGUCUGCUUUUUUAGCUGCGCUGUUGAACUGGUACGACGAAAAAGAACAGAUCAUUUGCAUCGCAAUGAGGUUAUAGUGAUAAUGGAAGACAGGAUAAGAGAUGUAGGCUAUUCGUUCAUAUUUAUACACGCGUAGCUAUGUCCUCAGGAAAGUACGUGUUCCACUGUAAUAAAGCGGUAUCUAUUGGAAUUGAGAAGAAGAAAAGAAAAAUCAGAAGAAUUGUAAAAGAAGUAUAUAUUAUACAUAGUUUGAGAGACGAUACGUAACGAUACGUACUCGAGCGUAAAACCGAGCCAACAGUUCAACUUGGGAAACAUCCAAAUUAUACACUUCAUUCGCUUGAGACGUGAGUAUAUAGGUAAGAUAGAAGAAUUAUACGAUAGAAGAGAUGGCAGAUAUACAAGAGCAAAGAAUCGAUGGACAGUUCCUGCCGUGUAGCUUUAAAUUCCAUAAGUUUGCUGUGAGAGUCAGCGAUACCACUAUUAAUUGCCAAAUCAUAAAGAUGGAAAACUGCUUGUAUCUAUGGAUAGGAGAUAGCAAUAAUCCAAGCAUGGAAGACCUAUCUUUCGCUCUAACAUCAAAGUUGGAAAGACAACCGAUUGCUACAAAGAUCAUAGGUGCGGUAGCAGAUGCCACAUCUACAAACAUGGCUAAGAGAUUAAGCAUGAAACUUGGGAAGCCUGUAUACGUCAGUUUUAAUGUAACAGCAAACAAUAUAACAUUGCCAGGAAUUGAAAGGAGAAUCCAAGAAGAGUUUAAGGCACAUGCAGAUCUGCUGAGCCUUUAGCAUUUUAAAGAAAUAAAUCCUUGAGAUUUUUUACGUAAAGAAAUAUUAAAUAUUAAUAAACAUACAGGUAUUAUGUAUAAAACAGAACAUAUAAUAGAGACCCACAAUGCUGGGAUAUUCUAUACUA